CCGGACAGCACAUUGAAUCUGACCUGACAUCUAACAUACAACAAAAAAGCUUACAGGGAAGUUUAAAGCCAACUUUAAAGGGCACAACAACCCACUUUAAAGGCAAAAAGGACAACACAUGCCCCACCCAUCUGCGUGAAUAACCACAGUUCAAAGGCCAACAUAAAAUAUUAAAAAAACAGACUAAACUCUAAAAACAUCCACAAGAAAUCUUCAACACUUCACUUCAUUUGAAACACUUCAUGGACUCCCUCCACCAACAACUCUUUCACUUGCUUGUCCAGACUGCAAAGAGGUAAAAUUUGCAUACAAAUCCUGAUUUAUAGUAACAUAACAGAUAAAAUUGAAGACAUAUAGUAACAUAAACUUACAUCUAGCAAUGUUUCACCCGUACUGGCAUCAAAGUAUAGCCCAAAUCCCCUUUGUGUUCUCUCCCUACCACCUCCCCCUUCUUCCCCUCCCCCUCUUCCACUUUCACCUCUUCCAUGUCCAGAAACUUCAGAGUGAAUUUCACUACCACUUCCUCUUCCCCUCCCUCCUCUUCUUUGUGCAGGCACCUCACAGUAAACUUCACUAGUAUUUGAUGCUCCUCUUCCCCUCCCUCCUCUUCCCCUCCCACCUCUUCCAUGUCCAGAAACCUCACUUCCCUGAGUACCAUUUUCUUUUCCUUUUCCCCUCCCACCUCUUCCCCUUUGACCUCUUCCCUGUGCAGGCACCUCAGUGUGAACUUCAAUGUUAGGACAAGAAGAUUUAUUAUGUCAUUCGACCUUACAAUUGGAGCAUGUCAUAAUUCUUCCUUUUCUACUAAGAUGUGAACCUGAAGCUGGUUUUUCAGUCUCUUCUCUUACCCUCUUCUUCUUUGGCCUGCCAGUCAUCUUCCUUGGCAAAGGAGGCAUAAUUUCUUCAUGUUCAGUUCUUGUCAAUAAGAGCUCUCCAUUAAUUGGUGGAAGGGUAUAUGAGUAAGUCUUCUUGUACAUCUCUUUGGAGUAGCAACUGUGAACAUAGUCUUCUGGUUCCCAUCCGUUAUCAAAGAUGGCACAUAAAGCAUGUGCACAAAGAAUACCACACAGAUCCCACCUUCUGCAAGAGCAUGUUCUACUAUUAAGGCUGACAUUGAACUGUUAUCUUCCUUUUUUUAAUUUCGUAUCCAUCAUCACCAUUGAAGUCCACAUGCCACCCUUGGCUAGCUAGAACAUUUUUAUUCAGUUUCUUCAUAAUUAUUGGUCCAAACUUACCUGACAAAUACAGACAUAGUAUGUAACAGUUUCAGAGGCUUAACAAGUGAACAUGAGUGUCAUAUGAAAUAUUAAACAGCUUAUCAGGCCCUUUAUCCACAUAUUUUUUUUUGGCUAUUCUUUUCAUCAUGCAACUCUGAUUUCCUCAAGCAUGGGAAUCAGUGGCUUACUUCUGCAUUUGAUGAGGCUUCUAUUGAAAGCCUCAGACAAGUUGUUGUCUACUGUAUCACAUUUCACUUCACUUCUGAAAUAUGCCUUGCACCAUAAGUGCAAUGGAUAUUUCCUCAAGUCCUUUCCAGCUUCACUGUCUGCCUUGUCUAGUUCUGCUAAUGCAUCCUUUACCUGUGCAUCACAUGUAGACUUGGCACACUUCCAAAACAAUUUCCUCAUGAGCAUGCCCCUAUGUGAUUUGCUCCAAUUCGCAUGUAUGUGCCUAGCACAGUUUCUAUGCUCAACCUCAGGGAAUACAUUAGCUAUGACAUUUGAAAGACCCUACAUAAAUAGGAUGAAAGUCAUGUAAAUAUGCAGUUGAAUAUCAUAAUGUAUUGAAAUAUUUCAUGUUAUAAGGACUGACCUUUUGUUGAUCACUAAUUAGAGUCCACAAAUGUGGGUUAGUAAUACGCAAAUAUGUUGUCAAUAAGGUCUAAAAACCAAGCCAAGAAGAGUUGUUCUCUAUCUCAACCACAGCCCAAGUUAUUGGGUACAUUUGAUUAUUCACAUACCUCCCAACUGCAGUUAAUAUCUCUCCCUUUAGUUGUCCUUUUAAGAAGCAACCGUCCAAGCCAGUAACCUUCCUACAACCCUCAAGAAAACCUCGUCUGACAGGCCCAAAACAGAUGUACAUGCGGCGUGACCUUGAAGACAAUGAGGACACAGUGAAACUUCCUUGAAUCAAUGAAGAACAAACUCUGUCGGUCGCAGGCUUAAGAGCUAUCAGAUACUUGCAAUGAACAGAGACAGCUUCCGGUGUUAGAUACGAUCCAAUCCUAGAUUAGAGGAGAUACAUAGGGCACCAUGUGUGGUCAUUGAAACUCAGUGGCUAUUUUCUUCAACCCAAAGUCAAAUUAGAUUUUAGAUAUGGUCCGA